CCCAGGAGAGCUUUCAUAAACAACCCCGGUGAGAGGGCACACGGCUAGCAGGGGACACGAAAUACACCCCGGAGACCUGCCGGGUCAUUCUGUGAAGAUGAGCAGGAUUGCUGCAGCUCUACGCCGUACGUUUGGAAUAGCACGCGAGCAUGUUGGGACAGAUACUUUGGGGAAUAAAUAUUACAUAAUCCCAGAGCAGAAGACAUGGACAGGCAGGGCGGUCCGUGCCAAGCGGAUGGUAGAGGCAGCCAACCCUACAGAAUAUGAGUAUAUAGAGGGCAGCAUACCGAUGGAGUGGGACGCUUGGAUCCGAGGCAGACGGAAGGAGCCCCCCUCCAACAAGGAGCUGCUGAAGAAUGAGACUUACAGGGAGAACAUCAAACUGAAGGCCAAGGAGCUGGAUGAGAAGGACCUGGCCCUCCAGGCUAAGGAGUACGAGGAAGGUCUGGUGGCGACUCCUGCAAAGACUUUGGCGAAGGGCCACGCGGCAACCGCCAGCUUCGGCAAGGAAGAGAUCAGCGAAGACCCCACCAGCACUGCGAACACGUUCCAGCCUGGCUCCUGGUUGCCCAAGAAAUAGACUGAGGCAUCCACACACACUGAGGCCGCUGUGAUAUUUCAUACAAUCCAAUAGAAAAACCUCUGCAAUAAUAAAUACUUCCUGUGUGGAACUGAAAUUCACUUUUAGUUGAGAAACUAUAACUUUUGAAAUUACCAGUUUUAUCAACUCCUCUCUGUUUCACGGAGGAAGUGUUUAUUUCAAGGCUGGGUUAUUGGCCUGUAUUAUAAUAUACCCGUUUCCAUUUUUCUAGUCCUCUCUGUGUAUUGUUUAUACAAAAGACAAAAAGCAUUGCUCAUAUUGAAGCUGACUGUAAGUGACCACAACUUAAAAUGGUCCUACUACUAGGAGUCAUGGAGUUCACAAACAACUCUAUCAUGUUUAAGGGAUAUUGUAUAAAAAAAACAAAACAACUUCCAAUAAAUUGUGGCUAUUUAAUUACAUUGCUUUUUAGCCCUUACCAAUAAACUGAGAAAAGAAGAGACCUCAAGUAUGCGGCUAUGACCAGAGAAAUUGUGCAGUCGCUGUAAAUAUCCCUCUGAGCAACAUUUGACAUUGUAAGGAUGAAAAGCAUAACUUGUUGAGGGAGCACAUGGAAAAGCACAUGUUUAAUCCUGUGGGAAUAACGCAGAUAAGAUCACUGUUAACUCUUAAUUGAACUCUGACAUCAGCUGAGGCCAUGAAAAUGAUGCCGUGCUUGCAUUAAAUACUGUGUCAAUGUUUCUGAAUGUCAUGGAGGUGGUGUCCACUGCUUAUAAAUCACAAGUCAGAAGAAUUAAUGUUGUUAGGGUAUAUUGAUCUUAGAAGUUAUUUCACUUGAGAUCAGAGUGCCUGAGAAAGUUCAUCAGGGCUUAAAAAAAAAAAAGAA